AUGUUAUGUCUUCAGAGAGAGAGAGCUGAUAUUCGAUCUCAGUUCAAUUCUGUGCUUUAUCAACUCCUCCUGGAUCCCAGCGAAAGAGUCUGUUUUGAAGCAAUCUUAUGUAUAUUGGGGAAACACGAUAGUGCAGAGAGGUUGGAGAGUUCUUUGCGUAGUUUCUCUAGGCCAGUACUCCAUGCAGCAGCAAGAGUUGUGCAAGAGAUGGGGAAAAGUCGGGCUGCUGCAUUUUCUCUAGGCAUAAUAUUGAUGAAACAGUGCAUGUCAAUACAUUUUCUGAGACUCGAUUCACAGGAUUUGGAUAGUACUGAAACCUCACAUCCCAAAAGUAUCCGAAUAACUUCUUCUUUAUCUACUGGACUAGGUGGCAAGGAUACAAUUGCUAGUUUGUUAGCUUCAUUGAUGGAAGUUGUGCGGACAACUGUGGCAUGUGAGUGUGAUUAUGUUCGAGCAAUGGUAAUUAAGGCGCUGAUCCAAAUCAUCAAGCAGUUACCUAGGAUGUGA